UCCUCUCACUUUUUACUUUCAUUUUAUCAAAAGUUUGUCUCCAAGUUUCGAGUAACAAAAAAUAUCGAACUUUUUUUUUGUUCUAAUCAAGUAAAUGAUAAUUACUCGUCUAAAAGUUAAUCAAUUUAGUUCCCUGACUAAUUAUUCACUUCUAACUUCUGUUUGCUAUGUGAUUAAAAUUAACUGUGUUUAAUUGUUAAUAUUAAAUUGGAACCAACUAAGGAUUGGAAAAGUUUAGAACCGAAAAAACUUCAAUGGUAUUUGAAUACUUUCAAUCCACUUGGAACAAUUUAAAUGAACUAGUUAAGUUUUCUAAGUUUAAAAAUCAUGUAAAUCAACGAGAUUCAAUCGUAUUAUUGUUAAUCAUGCUAAUCAACUUGGUCAAUUUAUCUUCAAGUAAACACUUAUUGGUAUCAAAUAUUAACAGUAACAAUCAAGGGAGACCUGAAUUCAUCCAGAGUGUACCCAAUUUAUCAAUUAUAACCGGUAAAGAUGCGAUCAUGAGAUGUUCAGUUAAAAAUUUAGGGAAAAAUAUUAUAUCAUGGCAUCAUUUAGAGUCAAACUCUGACUUAACAAUUAACAAGCAAAUAUUAUCUUCUAAUCCGAGGAUUAAGAUUAGACAGGAAAAAGAUGAUUGGUUAUUAAUUAUCUCAAAUGUUUCACUCGAAGACAGAGGAUUUUAUAUUUGUCGGAUAAAUUGGCUCGAACCUAAAUCUCAACUUGGUUAUCUUAAUGUUGUUGAACCUCCUCGAAUAGAUGAAAGUUCAUUUACUAGCGGAAGUGAAAAAACAGUCCGUGAAAAUAGUAACCUGACCUUAACAUGUCGUGCUUCCGGUAAUCCAAGUCCAACGAUUGAAUGGCGUCGUGAAGAUGGCCGAGCGAUUCAUCAAUCAAGUCCAAGUUCUGGAUUAUAUCCAGAAUCAUCAGGUGUGCCUAAGAUUAUCGGAGAUGAACUAAGUUUCAAUCCGAUUACAAGAUGGAACAUGGGUUCGUAUCUUUGUAUCGCUUCCAAUAGUAUCCCGCCAUCGGUUAGUAGACGAAUUAUGAUUUAUGUCCAAUUUGCUCCUGUUAUCAGAAUACCUUCAGUAAGUGUGACCGGUACAAAAGGAGCCAAUGUAACCUUACAAUGCUCAAGUGAAUCAAGUCCAAUCGCUGAUCAUAUUUGGCUUGAUCAAAAUGAUUCUUUACUUGGUUCAUCCCUCUCACCACAAUCAACACCAACAAUCAGAUCAAAAUACGUAAUCCAACUGAUUAAGACUUACCACUUCAAGGUAACUUAUCAAUUAACCAUAAUUGAUCUAGAUUAUAAUGAUACAGGUCGAUACAUUUGCUUUGUCAACAAUACUCUUGGAUUAGCCCGAUCAAGUAUCUUUUUGCAAGUUAAGGACUAUCAAAAGCCAGUUGAUAGCAAUUCAAUUUCUGCUGAGGACUCAGAUGAAUCUGAAUCGGUUAGAGUUGAUUUGAAUUCUUCCAGACAAUCAACAACAGAAUCAACUAACCACAAUAACAAUAAUAAUCGGAUUGCAAGUGAUAUAAGAUUCGCGACUUAUCCUGACGACACUUAUAAUCAACCAAAUAAGGAUUCGGCCUCUUCAAUGGGUCAAUCGAUGUUUUUAAUUUCCAUUCUUUUAUUGACAAUUAGACUUAAUUGUUAGUGUUGAAAUUUGCCAAUUUUACAAUUUACUGUAACCAUUGAUUGUUUGUCUUUUUCAAUUAACUCUGUAAUCAGCAAAUGCAAUAAAAUCUUGUUUUUUUC